AUGCCGCCUGCCGCUGAUAUUCUCAACGACCCUGAUAUCGCACAGGCAUACGAAGAUGUGCGGUCAGACAAAUCGGACACGACGUGGCUCAUCCUCAAGUAUGCUUCCGCUACUUCAGACAACCUGAAGCUGGCCGCCACAGGCACAGGCGAGAUUGCUGAGAUGACAGAGAGUCUCGGGGACGACGAGGCUGCGUAUGCAUAUGUGCGAAUGAAGCUGGGAAACGACGAGUACAGUGAGCGCGUCAAGUUCGCUUUUGUGGUUUGGCAAGGUCCCCAUACAAAAGUCAUGCGCAAAGCCAAGAUGAGUUUCCAGAGUGGACAGGUCAAGCAGGUCAUCAGGACGUAUGCUGUCGAAAUCCAGACGGGUGACAAGAAGGAUUUGGAUGCCGAAGCUGUGACGCUCAAGUUGAGAAAGGCAAUGGGUGCAAACUAUGACCGGCAAACAACAAACUACUAA